AAGACGAAGAGCCAUGCAGUUUGCUAGCCCAACAGCGGCAAAGCUGGCGGCGUGUGCGGGGGUUCCGAUCCUCCUCCUCCUCCUCCUCCUCCUCGACCGUACUCCCUCCCCCAGUCUCCUCCUUGCGAGGUCGCAUGCUUCACUUCGCUCUCCCUUCAUGGCGAGACGGGCGGUCGGUGGUGCUAGGAUGCAGUCGCUUCUGCUUCCAUGGUACGAGACCGUGUCGGUGGGAGAUGGCACAGGGCCGGAGAGCACGAGCUACUGGAAGGUCCCACCGCAGACCUCACUUCGAGGAGGGUUCCCGGCUCCCCCCAACAACUUCCAGGAUCCCACCAUCUGGAAUGCCGACAGCGUGUUGAACGGUGGGAACAAGGAAUGGUCAGAGGAGGAUGCAGCUCUGCAUGCCUACAACAUGCAACGGUGGAGGAACAAGAUCCUGGACGAGCAGGUCGAGAAGCAGGAGAAUAUGUGGAACCUCAUGAACCGAGCGGACUUUUGCGACAGAUACUGUGGGGGGGACAGAGACUGGGGUAACAUGUGCUAUCGCUGCCACGGAUGGAACGAACUCAGGUCCGACCACCGGACUGCCACGUUGAACCAUGCGGAGAAGCAGGGUGCCAAGGGUGACAAGGGGAGCGACAAGCAGAGCAGC